AUGGCAUGUGAAAUCCCAAAUGCUUUGCGUGAGAUCCUCCACCUUCAUGUUGGAUCAGCAGGUAUCGAAAUCGGUAAUCAGUGUUGGGAAUUAUAUUGUUUGGAACACAAUUUGGAUGUAGAUGGUCGUAUAGCUGCUGAACAAAGUCAAGAUGUUCCUCCAAAAUGCUUUUUCUUGGAAUGGAAUGCUGAUACAAGGAAAAAGUAUCGUCCUCAGGCACUUUUUGUUGAUGUCGAUUCAUCUGCAAUCGAUAACGUAAAAACGAGCAAAUAUCGAAAUCUAUACACUGAUAGUCAGUUUUUCACAUCAACAGAUUCUUGUUCCUUGAUACUUGAUGGAAUUCGAAAACAAGUAGAAGUUUAUGAUAAUUUUCAAGGGUUUGCAUUAUUUCAUUCUACAUAUGGUACAUGCUCGAGUUUUACGUCUCAACUUUUAAAGAAUUUGACAUCCGAAUAUUCAAAGAAAAUAACUAUAACAAAUUCAGUAUUCGGUUCAUCAGUCAAUGCUUCGAGUAUGUACAACCUAUUGAAAUAUGCCCACGUGGUUAUACCAAUGGAAAACAAAGCUAUUUAUAGUCUGUGUAAACAGCGACUAGAUAUUGACACACCCACAUAUUCAAACGUUAAUAAACUGAUUGCUAUGUGCUGGAGUAACAUAACAUGUUCAAUGCGAUUUGACGGAUAUAUAUUGGCAGAUUUAAACGAAUUCCAAACAACAUUAGUUCCUUAUCCUGCAAUGAAAAUGCUAUCGUCUUAUCUUUUACCGUUAAUACCAUUUUCAUUUAGCACACAUACUAAUUUUAUAUCUCCGUCAGUGUACGACAUGUGCACACCAUUAUUUUCCCAACCGAACACAUGUUUUAUACACCAGUUUACUCCAUAUAAAAUGACCUUAGCUGUCAAUCUACUCUUUCGAGGUGAAAAUAUCGUCCCAAAAGAAGUUGGGCAAAAACUGAUUAUGGAUAUGAAAAAAUGGUGGCGAUUUUCUGAUGGAACACCGACUGGGUUUAGAUGCGGUAUUAAUUACCAGCGUACAUACAUUUUUGGGGAUAAAUCAGAUGUAGCUCUCACAGAUAAACAAGUAUGUGUAUUAGCUAAUCAAACAGCAACAUCCAAACAUCUGUGUGAGACGAGUUUGAAUCAAUGUGAUAAAUUCACAAAAGAUGAGGAAGAACAAACCGAGGUAAUCGAAGCUCAUGAUUAUCUGCAAGGACUAAGAGCGGAUUAUCAACAAAUUGAAACAGAAAUUAUUCAAGAUCAUGAGUUGGACAUGACAACUUCUUUCGUAUCAGAAAACUGA